UUGACAGCCAGGUAACAGAAGUGUACAGACCUGGUCAGUCACAAGUGGUUGCUAUUUCAGACACAACCCACCGCUAAUCUACUGCUGCUUCAGGGAGAGAACUCUUCGAAUUAAGAGCUCUGUUGAUUUAAGCCUGCAUGACGUAUUCGAGUCAUCUGAGAUGUUUACUAAACAAGAGACCACUGAAACUAGGCCAUCGUUUUUAUUACUCUAGUUUAUGGUCAUUUCAUUGACAGAUUUCAUUCAUUGUUUUUCACCCACGCGCUGAAACACGUCUUUGUCAGCGCCAUUGAACGUAGAAGCCUGGCUCGUGACCAGCUGGCGCCAAGGGCAUGGCCCAUUAUGCGAGAGAUAAGCCGCAGCAGUCAGCUCGAGCCAUGAGCCUAGAAGUGGAUAAAAACAGGUGGGACUUUCUUCAGAAGCUGGUGGCCAUUGAAGAGAGACACGACAAGAAGCAAGAAGAAAGACGAAAGGAACUGGAGAGAGAGAAAGCUUUGGAGGUGAGAGAGAAAACAAAACAGGACGCCGCCACAAAACUCAACGACACGAACGACAGCUUAUCAAGAUGGCUCUACAGUCAGGUUUUAGAUGACAAUCCCGAAGACAAUCAAAUGGAGGACAGCUUAUUCACCACCGAAGUCCUCAAAAGAACAACGGAUCUCUCCAACAUCUCUGACUGUGAAUAUGAAUCCCCUUGCACGCCUCACUCUUUGACCUUGGAAACUAGGUCAUGGGUCUCCCUGCCCAGCCUCUGCUCCACUGCAUCUUGUCAUGAAGAUGAACCCGGCAGCCCGAUACCCAGGAAAAAGCGUCAGCUUCGUCUUCCGCCCAUCCUGCUGCCCAAGAUUUAUACAGUGACCCCGAGGCCCUUGCAGUACAGAGAGUUCUUGACGCCGACCACUGUUCGGGGUCCCAUUACAGACGAGGAGUGGGAAGACCUGAAGUACUGUCGCUACAUCCGGCAAGGGGUGCCCAAAUUUACUGUUCAGCUGUCUUCCUCUAGUCUUUCGUCCAAUAUGAGGCUUUAGACGGAACGUGCCUUUAAUCUGUGGGUGAACAUUUUCUAAGUCUUUGUAAUUAGGCAGACACGAUAAACAAAACUAAUUGUAGAACGAGCUUUAAAUGGAGAAUGCUGCUACAAUGUUAGAUUAUAAACUACCUUAAAAAAAAUAUUAAUGAAUAAGGAAAAAAAGUAGCAGUGCUUAAGUAAGCUAGUAAGACAAAUCUAUCAUCCACUAGGUAUUUGCAACAAAGUUAUAGCCCUGAAUAUGUUAUACUGUCUUAUACUAAAAUCAUUGUUCGGAUGAUGAGGGUUAAAGUUCAGAAAUAGAAAGUGUUGACCCUUAAUUCUUCAGUCACUGAUGAAGCGCUAAAUUGAAAUCGCUAAUACUGGGAUACAAUAGAGAAUUAAUGAAAAAAUAGCCUUAACUCUUUCUCUCCGUAAUUAUUUACCCACAUUCUGAUGGAAUCAACGUUUAUAUCGUCGGUUGGGAGAGAAAGAGUUAAGUCGUUUUGUUGGAUAUCAUUGCAUAAAAACUGUGAUAAUAAUUUAUAGUCAUUUGUUUUAUCUAUAUUUUUAAACAAAUGUUUUGUAGAUUUCAUACAGAGAUCUUUUGUUAUUUGUUUGUAAACUGCUUGCAUUUUAUUGCCAUAAUGUUUUCUCUGAUUGUUCAUAUUUUGAAUAUCUAAUAUAUAUAAAGGAAAAUGCAUGUUCAUAAUUUUCUUAUAUAAUCUCUCUCCAAUCUUUAUCUAUUUUACUAGUGCAGCAUGUCUGAAACAGUAAGGUGCACUUUCGUUCGUUUUUUUUGUUUUUUA